GAACCCAUGAACAACAGUGAAACAGCAACAACAACUGGAGAUGCAUCGCUUGACACUUUUACUGGGUCAGUAAUAACAAGUAGUGGCUACAGUCCCAGAUCAGCGCACCAGUACUCUCCACAGAUAUAUCCCUCCAAGCCCUAUCCGCACAUUCUUUCUACACCAGCAGCUCAAACAAUGUCUGCCUAUGCCGGACAAACGCAGUAUUCAGGAAUGCAGCAGCCAGCGGUCUAUACAGCCUACUCACAGACAGGACAGCCCUACAGCUUACCCACUUACGGCAUCAAGACGGAAAGUGGGCUCUCGCAGACCCAAUCUCCUCUGCAGAGCGGGUGCCUCAGUUACAGCCCAGGGUUUUCCACCCCACAGCCAGGCCAAACACCCUACUCCUACCAGAUGCCAGGUUCUAGUUUCACACCAUCGUCCACUAUUUAUUCAAACAAUUCUGUUUCAAAUUCUACAAACUUCAGUAGUUCACAACAGGAUUAUUCGUCAUACACAGCUUUUGGCCAAAAUCAGUAUGCACAGUAUUACUCAGCAUCAACAUAUGGUGCAUAUAUGACCUCAAACAGCACGACUGAUGGCACUUCAUCAUCAUCAACCUACCAAUUACAGGACUCUCUCCCUGGCUUGACUAGUCAACCAGGUACAGAUCCUACAGGGGAGUUUGACACAGUGCAGAGCCCCUCCACGCCAAUCAAAGACCUUGAUGAGAGAACAUGUAGGAGUUCUGGGUCUAAGUCUCGGGGUAGAGGGCGGAAGAAUAAUCCAUCACCCCCUCCGGACAGUGACUUGGAGCGUGUAUUUGUUUGGGAUUUGGAUGAAACAAUCAUAGUUUUUCAUUCGCUGCUUACAGGAUCGUAUGCACAGAAGUAUGGCAAGGAUCCACCCAUGGCAGUGACCCUUGGACUGCGAAUGGAAGAAAUGAUUUUUAAUCUUGCUGACACACAUUUAUUUUUUAAUGAUUUAGAGGAAUGUGAUCAAGUUCAUAUAGAUGAUGUUUCUUCAGAUGAUAAUGGACAAGACCUAAGUACCUACAGUUUUGCAACUGAUGGCUUCCAUGCAGCUGCAAGUAGUGCAAACCUUUGUCUGCCAACAGGUGUAAGAGGAGGGGUUGACUGGAUGAGGAAGCUGGCUUUCCGUUACAGAAGAGUAAAAGAGUUGUAUAAUACUUACAAGAACAACAUAGGAGGACUCCUGGGUCCCGCUAAAAGAGAUGCAUGGUUGCAAUUAAGAGCAGAAAUUGAAGCUCUGACAGAUUCCUGGCUAACAAAUGCACUUAAGUCAUUAUCAAUUAUCAGCACAAGGAGUAAUUGUGUAAACGUGUUGGUAACAACAACCCAGCUUAUCCCAGCACUUGCAAAAGUUCUACUAUACAGCUUAGGAGGAGCUUUUCCUAUUGAAAAUAUAUACAGUGCAACCAAAAUAGGAAAAGAAAGUUGCUUUGAACGAAUAAUGCAAAGGUUUGGCAGAAAAGUAGUAUAUGUUGUAAUUGGGGAUGGUGUAGAAGAAGAACAGGCAGCAAAAAAGCACAACAUGCCUUUCUGGAGGAUAUCCAGUCAUUCGGACCUCUUGGCUCUCCAUCAAGCACUGGAACUAGAGUAUUUGUAACUGAAUUCUAAAGCUGGUGAUCCUUUUAUAUAUAUAUAUGUAUAUAUAUAUAUAUACAUACAUAUAUAUAUAUAUGUAUACAUAUUUCAAGUACACUGAAUUUUUAUGUGUGAUUCAAUGCCUCUGGCUUUACACAUAUGAAUUGUCUUA